CGCGACGUGUGGGAGAGCCCUGUGCCUCGCCCGCCCGGACCAGCCUGCCCCGGCGCCGAGGUCGCUCCUGCGCUUGGCCCAGCCCAGCAUGCAGCCUUGAACCUGGGUUAGGCCACCGCCUACUCCAGUUCUCUACAGCCCCUAUUGUACUGUGACUCAAGGAGUAGGUGCUAGGCUCAAGGUAUCUGAAUAGCAUCUUUUCAUCAAGGAAACACCGCGGCUCCAGUGGGCCCUGCAGGCCCCACAGUCAGCUCUCUGACAAGACAGCAUGGCUGUUGCCCUGCAGCCCAGUGACCUGAUCUUUGAGUUUGCAAGCAACGGAAUGGAUGACAUCCACCAGCUAGAAGAUCCCUCCGUGUUUCCAGCUGUGAUUGUGGAGCAAGUCCCCUACCCCGAAUUACUGCACCUGUACUCAGGCCUGGAGCUGGAUGACGUUCACAAUGGCAUCAUAACAGAUGGGACAUUGUGCAUGACACAGGAUCAGAUCUUGGAGGGCAGUUUUUUGCUGGCAGAUGACAAUGAAACCACCUCACAAACCGUGUCAACCACUGAAGUCUUGCUCAACGUCGAGUCUCCCAACAACAUCCUGGAUGACAAGCAGAUCUUUAGCACCUCCGAAAUGCUUCCAGAGCCAGACCCUGCUCCAGCCAUGACACUGCCCAACUACCUGUUUCCUGUCUCUGAGCCCGACGCCCUGAACAGGGCUGGUGACACUGGUGACCAGGAGGAGAACUGUCUGGAGGAGAAGGUCCCCAGAGAAGAGAGCGCUAAGAAGACUGGAAAAUCAAAGAAGAGAAUUCGGAAGACCAAGGGCAACCGCAGUACCUCACCCGUCACUGACCUCAGCAUCCCCAUUCGGAAGAAAUCGAAGGAUGGCAAAGGCAGCACCAUCUACCUGUGGGAAUUCCUCCUCGCACUUCUGCAAGACCGGAACACCUGCCCCAAGUACAUCAAGUGGACCCAGCGAGAGAAAGGCAUCUUCAAGCUGGUGGAUUCUAAAGCAGUGUCCAAGCUGUGGGGGAAGCAGAAGAACAAGCCUGACAUGAACUAUGAGACGAUGGGCCGGGCACUCAGAUAUUACUACCAACGAGGCAUCCUGGCCAAAGUGGAAGGGCAGAGGCUGGUGUACCAGUUUAAGGAAAUGCCCAAGGACCUGGUGGUGAUCGAAGACGAGGAUGAGAGAAGCGAGGUCACAGCCACAUCCCCUCAGGCCUCUGCUCCCUCCACCUCCUCUGGCGGCAGCUCCCGGAGAGCCAGUUCCCGGGUCUCGUCUAGAGCUGUCCCGCAGGGCAAGGGUGACACUUCUUGGGAAAAGCCGAAGGUGCAGCAUGUUGGUCUCCAGCCAUCUGCGAGUCUGGAAUUGGGAUUGUCUGUAGACGAAGAGAUCCCCACUACCUCCGCCAUGCUUGUCUCUCCACCAGAGAGCCAGGCCAAAGUCACCAAAGCUGUGAGUACUUCUUCCGUGCCCAGCAACAUCCACCUAGGAGUGGCCCCCGUCAGGUCGGGCUCGGCCUUGACCCUGCAGACCAUCCCGCUGACCACAGUGCUGACCAACGGGCCUCCUGCCAGUACUACUGCUUCAACCCAGCUCGUUCUCCAGAGUGUUCCACCUGCUUCCACCUUCAAGGACACCUUCACUCUGCAGACCUCCUUCCCCCUGAACACCAGUUUCCAAGAGAACCAGGUGGCAGCACCGGGGGCUCCGCUGAUUCUCAGUGGCCUCCCCCAGCUUCUGGCUGGGGCCAACCGUCCGACCAAUCCGGCACCACCCUCAGUCAUGGGAGCUGGCCCAGCGGGGCCCAGCUCUCAGGCCCCUGGGACUGUCAUUGCAGCCUUCAUCAGAACUUCCAGUGCCACUGCAGCCCCUGGGGUCAAGGAAGGGCCACUGAGGUCCUCAUCCUAUGUGCAGGGCAUGAUGACUGGGGCCCCCAUGGAGGGCCUGCUGGUUUCUGAAGAGACCCUGAGGGAACUCCUGAGGGAGCAAGCUCACCUUCAGCCACUUCCAAGCCAGGUAGUUUCAAGGGCUUCCCACAACCCAAGCCUUCUGGGAAACCAGACUUUCUCUCCUCCCAGCCGCCCCACUGUUGGGCUGACCCCAGUGGCUGAACUUGAGCUCUCCUCAAGCUCAGGGUCCCUGUUUACGGCUGAGCCUAAUAUAAGCACACCUGGGAGCCUGCUGACUAGAUCCCCAACCCCAGCCUCCAUCUCCCCAUUCAACCCCACUUCCCUCAUUAAGAUGGAGCCUCAUGACAUGUAAAUGGAGGGGGUCGGGGAAAUGUGACUGCCAGGCAAGGUUGAGCAGCAUUUGUACACGGACUUCCUCUAAGAGAGACUGACCGAAGCAGCACACCAGCCCUUACAUUUCAGCAGGGUGUCAAUACACCAGACCCCAUGCCCCACCCCUGCCUGGUGUCACCAUGGCCAAGACAGGCCCAGUUGGAGCAUCCCUGGUGUCAGACCAUGGCUUUCAAGAGUAUUAGGGGAUAUGCUCUUGUUGGGGUAAUGGGCUGACUUGCUGAUGGAGGCAAACCUUCUGAGAUGUUUGUAACCAGGGCUGGGGUAGGGGCUUCAUGAGAAGAGUCUUUUCACCUGGCUGUAUUCCACCGUCUUCGUUCCUUCUGCAGAGUA